CAUACUUAUAAUAUUGGAGCAAUAGAAUGUCCCAUCUUAUCCCAUAUUUUACAGUAGAGUGGUGCAAUAAAACACGAGAUCUCCAAUAUCGGAACCAAAAUUACCGUUUAAACUAAUUCACAGACACAGUGUAGAUGGAUGAUGAAUGAUGAUCCCAAAUCUCAAAUCUCUGUCAUUUUCCCCAAUUUUUGUCGCUCUGACAAAAUUCCACAACCAAAUUUUGGCGUUUGAGCAAAGCUCAUGUGCACCCCACUUACAAACUACUCAUCUCUUUUCUUUUCCUACAGUGAACGUGUAAGACAGCGACACCCAUAAAAGGUUUCAUUAUAUAUUAAUUCGAGGCUAGGACAGACAACGUCGACAAAUUGCCCACGCUUUUGAGCUGCUGCUCUUCUCCUUCCCUCUCUUCUCACAUCCAUUUCUGCACACUGGAGAAAUAUGGCCGGAAAUGGCCACGGAUCUCAGAUCAGGCACAAGAUCGAUGAUCAGGAAAUUGUGGUCGGAGAUGAUGAGGAGCCUGAGGUUAAUUACAGAGGAAUCAGAGCCAUGCCUUAUAUCAUAGGAAAUGAGACGUUUGAGAAGCUUGGAGCAUUAGGGACACUAGCCAAUCUUCAGGUAUACUUAACCACCGUUUUCAACAUGUCGCGCGUUUCCGCAACCACGCUUCUUAGCAUCUUCAGCGGCACCACCAACUUCGCCACUCUACUCGGAGCCUUCUUCUCCGACGCCUAUUUCGGCCGCUACAAGACCCUCGGAUUCGGCUCCGUCGCUUCCUUCCUGGGACUGCUGGUGAUAACGAUGACGGCGGUGUUCAAGAGGCUGCACCCGCCGCAUUGCGCGUCGGACGCGGAGAGGUGCGUGGGGGCGACGGCGUGGCAGAUGGCGGUGCUGCUGUUCGGGUUCGGGCUGAUGAUCGUGGGGGCGGGGGCGAUCCGGCCGUGCAACCUGGCAUUCGGGGCGGAUCAGUUCAACCCGAAGACGGAGGCCGGAAAGAGGGGGAUCGACAGCUUCUUCAACUGGUACUUCUUCACGCUGACGUUCGCGCAGAUGGUGUCGGUGACGCUGGUGGUGUACGUGCAGUCGGACGUCAGCUGGCCGAUCGGCCUCGCCAUCCCAACGCUCUUCAUGCUCAUCUCCUGCUUCCUAUUCUUCCUCGGGACCAAGAUUUAUGUGAUCGUCAAGCCCGAGGGGAGCUUCCUCACCAGCUUGGCGCAGGUCGUGGCGGUCGCCGCCAGGAAGCGCCGCCUCAAGCGCCCGCACCAGCCGUGGCUCACCCUCCACAAGUACGCGCCGCCCAAGUCCAUCAACUCUAAGCUUCCCUAUACCGAUCAGUUCAGAUUCCUGGACAAGGCGGCGAUGAUAACCCCAGGUGACGAGAUCAACCCCGACGGGUCGCCGGCGGACCCGUGGCGGCUGUGCAGCCUGCAGCAAGUGGAGGAGACCAAGUGCGUGCUGCGCGUGAUCCCGAUAUGGGCGGCGGCCAUCCUCUACCACGUCGGCGAGAAGCAGCAGUACAUCGUCUUCCAAGCCAUGCAGUCCGACCGCCACCUCGGCGGCGGCGGCUUUCAGAUCCCGCCGGCCACCUACAACAUCUUCUCCAUGCUCACCCUCACCUUGUGGGUCCCCGUCUACGACCGCGCGGUGGUCCCCCUCCUCCGCCGCGUCACCGGCAAGCCCAGUGGCAUCACCGUGCUCCAGCGCAUCGGCAUUGGCAUCUUCCUGACCAUCGUGGAGUCCCUCGUGGGGGCCUUCGUGGAGGAGCGGCGCCGCUCCCUGGCCACGGCCCAGCCCGUCGCGCACUCGCACCGCGGCGCCGUGUCGUCGAUGUCGGCGAUGUGGCUGGUGCCGCAGCUGGUGCUGGCGGGGCUGGCGGAGUCGUUCUCGGCGAUCGGGCAGGUGGAGUUCUUCUACAAGCAGUUCCCGGAGAAUAUGAGGAGCAUCGCCGGCUCCUUCUUCUUCUUGGGCACCGCCGCCGCCAAUUACUUGAACGGGUUGCUGAUAACGGUGGUGCACCGCACGACGGAGGGGUCGCCGGCGGGGAACUGGCUACCGGAGGAUUUGAACAAGGGGAGGUUGGAUUACUUCUACUACCUCGUGGCGGGGCUCUGCUUCUUGAAUUUUGGGUAUUUUGUGAUGUGUGCGAGGUGGUACAAUUAUAAAGGGAGUGGGGAGAGCGUGGAGCAUCAGAUGGCGGAGAAGGAGAAGAUUGAUAGGGAUUUGGAUUCCAGAGUUGUGUGAAUGGUUUUUUCUUUUCUCUUAGGCUGGAUUUUGUAUCACAAGAUUGUAUUAUGGAGAUAUCAGAUAUAUAUAUGUAUACGUAAAAUAUGACACAU